UCCGAUGAGUUUACAUUUCGUGCCCGGACGCUCGUCGAUUCACUUUUGCUGAUUUUUCAUCUCUUGUUAGAUGUUAAAUUACGGACGUCCGCGUAGCCGGAGAUGGCGAACAGUGUCGUGAGAGUGUUUAUUACUGCUGCCCUCGUCUCUGGGGUUCUGUUUGUCGGUGGUGUAAGGGCGCAGUCGAAAACAUGGGAGGAUCUCUUCAAUAACACUUCAUGCCUCAAGGGGCCACUCGUGUGUCCAAACCCACGUAUUGAAUUUUACCUAUACACAAGGGAAACGCAAAAGGAUCCAUUCCUUAUCAACGUUUUGGAUCCUCAUUCAUUGGAUAGAUCGAAAUUCAACAAUCUGCAUCCAACAAAAGUUAUCAUCCAUGGAUUUGGAGGCGGGAGAAAUCUGGCGCCUAGUACCGACCUCCGAAAGGCAUACUUCACAAGGGGGAACUACAACGUGAUAAUCGUCGAUUAUGGCUCCCUUGUUCGCGAGCCGUGUCUCGCCCAGGUUCGUUGGGGGCCAAAUUUCUGCUCCCAAUGCAUCGCCCAGCUCGUCCGGUACCUGAAAAAUCAUCCCCGAGGAACCCCGGUCGAGUCCAUACACGUAUUGGGGUACAGCGUCGGUGCCCACAUCGCUGGACUGAUGGCGAAUCACCUUCCCGGUGAUAAGCUCGGCCGGAUAACAGGACUGGAUCCGACGAUAAUAUUCUACAUGGGUGGAGGCAACAAAUCGUUGGACCUGGACGACACUGACGCUCACUUCGUGGACGUGAUCCAUACUGGGGCUGGUAUACUUGGUCAAUGGGGUCCGACUGGCCACGCCGACUUCUACGUUAACGGAGGAUCGAGUCAACCCGGAUGCCUCGGCUCGUCCAUACUUCAAACCUUGUCCUGCGACCAUACAAAGGUAACACCGUACUACAUCGAGUCAAUAACAACGGAAGUUGGCUUUUGGGCGGCACCCUGUGCGAAUUUGUUAUCUUACUUAAUCGGGUGGUGCAACCCAGCAGAGAACGAAUACGUCUUGAUGGGCGAAGACACGCCGCCCACCGCACGAGGCAUCUACUAUCUGUCAACAAACGGCAAGAAACCUUACGCCCGAGGACUUCCGGAAAAAAUUCGAGCUACAAAAAGUCGGAAGCGAUCAUUUUACCGCCAGUAUUAAGUCUGUUGAAACGGUUGAUGGACAUACUUUUAGAAUAGGUUAUACACAAAGCACUGCGAUUGCGUCAUUUCAUUCUAUAAUGCAGAUUAGACUUUAAACGUUA